UCGGUGUUCCAUGUGCACCCAUUUGCAUCCAUAAUUAAGGCCGAUAACGUCAUCGCUUAUCGCAUGAUCCAAUCAGGCGGUGAAUACACAGGCGAUCAUUUAAUUCCUUUCAGAAAAAUAGCAAUCUGCUGGUCACAACAGAUAGCGACGACCACAGCUCGUUGUCUCCGAUCGUGCAUGAUUCUCCGAUCGAAAUGCUUUGGCAGCAAUUUGAUGGCGACUACUCCUCCGUGGUUUUGCACUUCGAUGGACAGCGCGGGCGCAGGGAAGGAGGAGGACAGAUGAUUUAGCCCGAGACGGCAGCUCCUUCCACCGUCAAUCUCCUCCGUCGACGUACGCGAGCAGCGUCGAUCCAAAUCCUGCUGUUCUCGUUUGCUUCCGUGGCACAAUCCCAUUCGUCGGCCAGCGGUGGCAGCGAAGCGAAUCCAAACCGUGAGCGUCAUUCUAGAUCUCCUUAUCCGAUCCCUGCCAAUGGCGUCGCGUCGCCCGCGUGGCCGCGGGUCCACCCGCGUCGCCUCGGCUAGCUUCUCGCAUCUUCUUUAAAAAUGAACUCCAUUUUCACAUUCCUCAGCUCGUGGUCUUUCAUGGGUGAGCCUUCAUCAGCUUCCUACAUUAGAAAGGUGCAACAUUUGAUCGAGCAAUGCCUGGUGUUCCACAUGAACAAGGAGGAAUGCAUCGAGGCCCUUUCCAAACAUGCCAAUAUCGAUCCCGUCAUCACUUCCACUGUUUGGACGGAGUUGGAGAAGGAGAACAAGGAGUUCUUCCAGACGUACAUGAAGGGGCAAGAGGAGAAGGCAUUGGACAUGGCUACCGAGGAGAGGGUGCAGAAGAUGCUGGCUGAGGAGGCUGCCAAAGAUUUGGACAAGGAUAUAUAGUGAAUAAUUAUUAGUUAAGAUCGAUCGGCAAGUUUAUGUUUUAAGUACUUAUUUAUAUUUAUAUUUAUAUGUUCUGUUAAUAUUAUAAGGUUUACUGAAUUAAUUAAAAGUUCAAGAACCAUUGCUAUGAAA